AUGGGCCCCUGUACCGCCUCCCCAUGCUGCUGCCAGGCCUGUAAUCUGCCAUGGGCCCCCCUACCGACUCCUCAUGCUGCUGCCCAGGCCCGUAAUCUGCCAUGGGCCCCUGUACCGCCUCCUCAUGCUGCUGCCAGGUCCAGAGUGUGUCAUGGGUCCCUGUACGGCCUCCCAUUGCUGCUGUCUCUAUCGCCACACUCUGCCAUGUGCCACUUUCAGUCUCCUCACCACUGCUGGUGGUGUUCCAUUUUUGUCAUAGGGUGCUGCAUGGCCUCCCAUUGCUGCUGCCUCCACCGCCCACACUGUGGCUCCACACUCUGGUUUUGGCCCCGUGACUGGCCAAAUGAGUGAAGUGUGCGGUGAUUCUAAGAUUUGCGUAGAGUCUUGGGUGCAAUAUUUCUGGACUGUACAUUUCACCAAAAAAACAUUCUGGAAGAAUGUAUAUUGCAGUACUGGUUAUG